AUGCUCUCUCAUUCCCGGGACCGCGGUACCCUAUUCUUCUUGGGCUUUCUCCUGUGGUACGCCCUCGCAGUGGUUUACUUGCGAUCCAAGUGCUUUCGAGACCCAUCUUCCGUCUUCUUUAGACCCGAAUCUGCCCGUGUCUUGACGUAUUCUGCUUUUCGCAAGGCGCAAGCCCAGAAAUUUGGGGAUCUAGCAGCGUUGCACGCCCCGACAAGGUGGCCCAACACAACGGCACCCGACCUUUGUGUGGGUGUCGCGUCAGUAAGCCGACACGGCUUCUCCUAUCUUAAGGAGACCCUCGGCUCCCUCGUUGAAGGUCUCGACGACAUCGAGCGCCAACAUAUCUACAUCGUCGUCUUCCUCGCCCACACCAACCAAUCCGAGCACGAAGACUACCACCAGCCAUGGCUUCUCCACAUCGCCGACAGCCUCCCGACCUACCCGAAUGAUACGAACACAACGGAUCUGGUGCGGCAGCUCGAAGCCAGCGGGACGUACGAAGCCCACGCGCGAAAGCAAAAGAUAGACUACACUGUCCUGCUCGAGGAAUGCUCCAAAGUGAACCCAAAGUAUACGAUAACGUUGGAGGACGACGUGAUCGCGUUAGACGGGUGGUACCACCGAGUUCUCGGCGCCUUGCAUACGGCCACCGAGAAGACAAGAGAGCUUGGGCGAGAAAGUUUUCUUUACCUGCGCGUCUUCUACGACGGACGACUCCUCGGCUGGAAUGGCGAAGAAUGGCCCGUAUAUGUCGAAUCAUGCUUAGCGAUCCUCAUUCUCGAGAUGGCCAUUCUGGGUACCCUCCGAUGGCGCGUCGUCCCAAUGCGCAAGGCUCUCACACAUUCGGCCCUGUUCUUCAUCUGCGGAGUGUGCACUCCCAUGCUUAUCGGCCUGUUUUUCGCGGCUGGGCGUGGCUGUAUGUUGCCAAAGGCGCCCGGUGUGCACCUGAUGGACAAAUACGGCUGCUGCGCGCAGGGACUGGUAUUCCCCCAGCACCAGGUUUCGGAUCAACUGCUUCCCUUGUACCGCGACACCCAGGAUAACCACGCAGCCGUCGACACGUUCCUUGAGGAUUGGGCCAACCGUCACAAUAGCCUCAGGUGGGCCGUUACCCCUGUACUAAUCCAGCAUGUCGGGGGGAAGAGUUCGCAUGGCGCAGGCGACCAAGAACUUGGGUCGUUGACAGACGACAUGCCCUUCGAUUAUUCGUUCGAGAUGAACAACCCGAUCGACCUGGCGAGAGAACACCAGGCAUGGAUCUCGGAGACAAGAAGCUAAUUUGGAUUCCGUUGUCCCGUCCCCCGACCUGGUGUAAUAUUUGCCGGAUGCACACGUAGACCAGUCUGCGCUUGUUGUGUUGCCCACCCCCUCAUACCACAAUCGGUAUGCUGAUAAGCGGUUUCACGAACGAUCGUAGGCAUGGUCCUUUGGAUGUAGCAUCCAGUAGUUGCGCGCUUGAACGCUUGCUACUAGGGGUGAUGAAUGAGAAAGCGGGUAGGCCUGGAGGCGCGAAUUGGUUUCGCAGGAUCGAUUUGAGGACCGCCAGCAAGAAACCUGCGUGCCGGUGUAGCCCUUACUCGCUCCACGCGGGUUUCACUCUGCCUGUCUCCAUGCGCACAUCUUGCUGUGCUGGCUCGUCCUCGAUGAAGGCGACAUCACUGAUAGGGUAAUCGUCGGUGCGGCAGAAGAGGCGAACUAUUAGUGCGCAGCAAGGGUAAGCUGCUCUCGGCGAAAGGGGGGGUAGGACGGUUGCGUAACGGGCGCCUCAUAACACAGACUAGAAGAUAUCAGGGUCUACCAGCCGGCUUCAUGUCUCAGCCUGCCGUAUCCAAUGAAUUGCCGUG